AUGAGAGCUAAACAAGGGUCCCUGGCCACAGCGCCUAACCCCAUCCGUCGGCGUAUCUUACCCACCCCGCGGCAGCGCGACGACCGCGACAGUGGCACCUCAGGAGGCAAGCGCGGCAUCAUGGGCUUUCUGAAGCACCUUCGCUCGAAAUCCAAACUCAAAGACAAGGAGAAGAGGGCUAUCAACGACUCUCCGGCUGCGCAGUACUCAUAUCCAGUACCGACGCGCCCGCGAGCCGACUUCACGAAACGGCUUCCAGAUAAUGUCUUGAGGAUCAUUUUCGGCUUUGUGUGCCCUCACUCGACCGACGAGAGCUAUGAGCCCAGCGAGCGGUCUAUGAUCGGCGACGGGUGCAUGCUCUGCGACUUGCGCGACCUCGCCAAUUGCACCCGAGUCCAACGAAGGUGGUUCUCAGUCGGUGCCCGUGUGCUCUACACAAGCGUCCGCAUUGACGCCGUCCAUUAUUGCGAGCUGGAAGAGAUACUCGCCGAAACCCGACGGCGCAAAUCUCGCCAUGGCGAGCCCAUUGAUGUGCCCGGUCUGCGAUUACAGCUCCUUGAAAGAACGCUCAGAGAGAACCAUUAUCUUGGUCCGGCGGUGCAACUCCUGAAGCUACCUUACAUGACCCGCGAAACGCAUAAAGCUACACUCGCCCGAACUGUUUCCUGUCUCCCCAACCUACGAUACGUCGAUCUGCCUGAUGGCUUCUUCAGUGGUGAUCCUGCAACACAUACUUUAAGGCAGGAGCUGCAGGCGCGGUGUCCAGACAUACGCAAGAUGAAAUAUGAAGCGGGUUCAGAACAAACGCUUGAGAUGUUGCUGCAGAGGUACUGGCAGAAUCUGGAGACUCUGGAGCUCACGCGGCUGCGUAUAGAACCCAACUUGCUCCGGCGCAUCAUUGACAGCCUCCCGAACCUCAUCGAGCUGAGGCUGGCGGAGCUUCCGUGGCUGGGCGACGAUAUCUUCCAAGUCACGCCUAUCCUUCCCAACUUUCCGCCCUUACGGAAGCUGGCGCUGAAGCAGACACCGCAACUGACAGCCGAUGGCUUGACGAACUACCUCAACCACGAAGAAAUUCGGGAAAGCCUCACCUCACUGACCUUGGAGAACACGGGUGUCACUGUCCCCGGCCUCCGUUCCGUCAUGUGGGCAGCCUCAAGCCUCCAACACCUGACCAUCAUCGAAUCCGUCACUCAGUCUCUCCCACUGGACCCGCUCCCUCCAUUCCAAUCAAUCUCUCUCCAAACCAUGCAUUACGAAAUAACCUCUGCUGCCGAGCCCUUCAGCGCCCUCCAACAACCCUCCGAUUCUUACUACACCUACCUGACACAAUCUCUCCUCUCGCACUCCCUUCCCGCUCUCCGCCACCUCUACGUCCGUGACCUCGACUUCGCCGAAAACCUCCUUCUCGCCCCGCCCUCUGCGCCCUUCGCAGGAGGUGGCCCAUCGGGCCCACCCCGCGGCUUCAGUCAGCCCCUCGAAGUCUACGCUAAAGGGCCCAACGACGAACAGGACUGGAUCUUCACCGAGAUCAUGCCGCCUAACGUGCCUGGGCACCGAGGCAGCAUGAGCGGUGGCAGGCCACUGAGCCUGUACAGUGCUAGUCAGGGCCUGGGGUCGCAGUGGGGCGGCGAGGCGAGGAAGAGCAUCGUUGUGGGGAACGGGUUUGGUGGGUUCUUGGCUGUGCCGAGUGAAGAGCCGCAGAGGCCGAGGAGCAGUGGAGGCCAGAGCCAGAGCUGGUAUAGGGGCAGUGGGGAGCAUCAGAGGAGGGGGAGUAGGGCGGAUUUGUGGCGUUGA